UUCUCGCUGCUCUGUUUACGCUCGUAGGCCUUUGAGACACCUGCGCUGCUUCUUCAUUCAUUCACGGGUGAGCGGGUUCCCACUGUACAUGGAGGCCACCGAGGAGAAGAUGAUGUCUGCGGCACAGAGACGUGCAGAGAUCCGGAGGAGGAAGCUGCUCAUGAACUCGGAGGACCGACUGAACCGAAUCGUGGGCUACACCAAGACCGAGUCAGACAACAACGGAUCCUCUCGACGUCCCACAGAACCUCGCUUCCACCUGGACUUGGACAGAACAGACGCCUGGUCAGCAUCAUCUUCGCUUUCACAGAGGUCGUCCCCGUUCCUGCAAGAAGCACCAGGUCCCGGCAGCAGCUCUGCCACUCCGGAGAGGAGGGACUCGCCUCUGCCCGAGGGUCUGGACGACCCCCUCCGACAGAGAGCCAGAGGGGAGAGGGUGGCAGAGGACGUCAGCGGAUCUCCUCGCAGAGGGCUUCAGACGUACCUGUCGAGAUUCGAUGAUGCCAUGAAGCUGCGUGGUCAGCUGGCCAAUGAGAAGCCAGCGCUGGAUGGGGGGUCAGACCCGGAAGAGUUUGAUCCUUUCAGGGUUUUCAGACUGGUGUGCAGCGUCCUCCUCGCUGUCUUUGUCCGAAUGUUUGUCUGCAAGUAUCUGUCAAUAUUUGCUCCGUUCCUCACCCUGGAGCUGGCCUUUAUGGGAUUAUCCAAGUACUUCCCAAAGGUGGAGAAGAAAACUCAGACCACAGUUCUGACCACGGCUCUGCUCCUGUCUGGUAUUCCUGCUGAGGUCAUCAACCGCUCCAUGGACACGUACCGACGCAUGGGCGACGUCUUUGCCGACCUCUGCGUUUACUUCUUCACCUUCAUCAUCUCGCAUGAAGUCCUGCUGCGAGUCGGCUCAGAGACUCCUUGACUCGGCGCCUGUGCUGCUGCUCUCACCUCGCUCCUGCUCCCAGGCUCGUGUGUUCCAUCGCUGACUGCCGUCGGGUGCCUGGUCAUGAGGCGCCUCUCCUGCAGGACUGGAGUGAUCUGGAUCAAAUGUGUCUUGAGAAUGUGAUGUGUCGUGCUGUGGUCAAACCCAUAUGUUUUUCACUGGCGCUGCUUCUACACUACAGAUGUGAAUUACAGGACGUGUUACAGGUUUGCUGUCAAGUGACCAGUUAAGUCUUUGUGACUCGACGCUUGAGGCUUCACUGACAUGAGAUUCAUUUCACUUCAGAUUUAACAACCAUACGAUCAUAGCUUUGCUUCUUUAUCCUUAGGUGUCCAUCUGAGUGACUCAACAGGAAGUUCAUGUUAGCUUUAGCAACAGACACUGCCAAGAUAAAGGGCUGUCAUAAACUCGACAGCGAACGUCGCACGCUCUGUAUUGGGCGGAGUUUCCGCGUCACAAUCUGACGCCAUCUGAGCUGAGAGCUGGUGGCCUUGUGUUGCUCUGACCUGUCUGGACUUCGAUGAGUCACCAGUGUUGGGUUGGGUAUGAGAUUUCCCAUCAACUCUUGCCUUGUCAAUAGCUUGCUAUCUAGAAUAAUCUCUGCCUUAAUGGGUUUUAGAACUUCUCUUUCUGCGUCUGCUGCAUUCUAUAUUCUAACUUUUCGUCCUCAUUUUUAUCCUUAAACGUACAUGGAAACUUCUAAUUUAGUAAGAUCAACACUUUAUGUUUUGACUGAUGUGCGCAGUGUUUGGAGGAUGAUGUCACUUGAUUUGCUCCAGUUUUAUCGACUGCUCAAUGAUUGAUCCGAUUGAAUGCGACUUUAAACAUCUGUACAGUAUUUCUGAUUGCAAAUUUAUUAUUUUUCAGUCCAUGUCAUCUUAUUUAUUAAAAUAUCUUCUUUUAUUUUUACUUUAUUCUUCCUCAAUUUCUGCCAUUUUGUUGGGUUCUGGGGUUCAUUACAUGUAAUAAUUGUGAGUUCUUGUGCAUAAAG